AUGGCCCAGACCUGGCUCCUGAGCGCCAGGGGGGAGAGGGCGCACCCAGCCUCCGCCAGCGCUGCAGGAGCCUCUCCGGGGCCCCCGGAAGCCCCGCUUUCCCGCAGGGAGGCAAGAGGAGCCUUCGGCAGGGAGCGAACAAGGAGAGCAGAGCCCCCAGUGGGGAAAGUGACCCACAAGGUAGUUAGUGACAACGUGGAUGCCCUCACCUGCCAGCCCUACGGCUUCUACCCCAAGGAGAUCAGUGCCACCUGGAUGAGGGAUGGAGAAGUCCGCAAGUACAAGACCUUCCAUAGAAAUGUGGUCCCCAGUUCAGAUGGCACCUAUUAUGUCUGGCUCAGCAUUGAAAUUGACCCCAAGGAGAGGGACCGCUACCAGUGCCAUGUGGAGCAUGCUGGGCUGGUAAAACCCCUGGUCGUGGCCUGGAUGAAGGAACCUGCCAACAGGGUAUUCCAUGUGGAAAUCAUCUUGGGGGCUGUGGCUGCUGUCAUUUUUCCGGUGUCUGGGAUCAACUGCUGGAUGGUUUUCAAGUGGUCUUCAAGGGAAGCCCCAUGUAGAGUGCAUUGCAGUAAUCCAGAUGGGUGACGAUAAGAGCACAAGCUACCAGGGCAAGGUCCUCCUGCUCCAAACCAAUGCACCAGAUGGAGCUGCACAAAAGCCCCUCAACCUCGAGCCUCAAACUCUCUGCCUUCAUGACACAGCUGGAAUGUUGGGAACAUCUUGCUGGUGCACUCACAAAAUGGCUGCUGGGGGGGCUUGCAUGUUCAUUAGGUACAUGCCAAUGGGGACAGCAUAACCAGCUAUAAAGCCCCAAUUUGGUAUGAUGCUGGAAGUUGGCGCUUUGCAUGGCAGCAGGCUGAAUCUCUAUUUUUUAAGAUUAAAAUAUUAAAAUUAAAACUUCAGGGUUGGGUAGAAGGGCCGGUGAACACCCAGGGAGGGUUCUGGAGGCACAUGGAAAUCACCCUGGUUCUAAACAAGGCUGGUAUAUAGAGUCUUGUAUUAUUUUAUUUAUUCCCUCAGUUUAUUUGCUGCCUUAGUUGGCUCCCAAUUUCAGUAACAAAAACCAUAUGCACUUCACAGCAUCACAUCAUAUAACCCCAAGGAAUCCAGGGGACAAAUCCCCUGCAGGAGAGAUCCCAUCCAUAUUCCAAUUUUCUAUGUUUGGGGAAAAGAAAAACAAUUUACAACAAUUGAUUACAAUUUUGAAUAAACCCCAGGAGAGAAAUAUUACCUGAAUCCUUGAGCUUGCUGCUCAGUUGAGUGCCUGUUGAUUUGCAGUGAUAACACUUGGAUUCCAGGCCUAUUUUCAUUGAAAAAUUGAAAUUGCCUUCCCUGUUACAAAAGGGGGAUUGGAUGGCCUCUGAAGGUCCCUUGCAGCACUGAUUCCCCCCCCCCCCCACUUCUGUCCCUGCAAGACAUCAAAGGAAGAAAAGCGAGAACAGCUAAGGAGAAUCUGAAAUCUUGGCCCGUUUGGGGGUCCUUUACACCUAGCGAAAUAACA